AUGUCUGUGAUGCCAACUGUAUCUAUGGAUGGAGCAAAUGACUCUGUAGUAACUGAGUUUGUGCUGCUGGGAUUGUCUGCUUCUUGGGAGAUGAAGAUUCUUCUCUUUUUGUUUUUCUUUUCAUUCUAUGUGGGAAUUGUGUUGGGAAACCUCUUUAUUGUGUUCACUGUAGUUUGUGACCCUUACCUACACUCUCCCAUGUACUUCUUGCUGGCCAACCUUUCCCUCAUUGAUCUUGGUCUAUCUUCUACCACAGCCCCAAGGAUGAUUACUGACAUUUUUAGUGAACAUAAGGUAAUUUCUUUCUCAGGGUGUAUGAUACAGAUGUUCUUUGUCCAUGUCAUGGGAGGAACUGAGAUGGUCCUACUCAUAGCCAUGGCUUAUGAUAGAUACACAGCCAUCUGCAAACCUCUCCAUUAUUUGACUAUAAUGAGCCGAACAACAUGCAUUUGUUUUGUAGUGGCUGCCUGGGUCAUUGGGGUGAUACAUGCUGUGUCUCAGUUUGUUUGCAUUGUAAACUUGCCUUUCUGUGGCCCUAACCAGAUUGACAGUUUCUACUGUGACUUUCCACGGGUUGCAAAACUUGCCUGCACAGAUAGCAACUGGGUUGAACAUGUGGUCACUGCUAACAGUGGGCUUAUCUCUAUGGGCACCUUUUUCCUUUUAAUUAUCUCUUACAUCUUCAUCCUUGUCACUGUGAGACACCACUCUUCUGCUGGUUUGUCCAAGGCUUUCUCCACACUAUCAGCUCACAUCACUGUAGUGUUUUUGUUCUUUGCUCCAUGUUUCUUUGUGUAUGUUUGGGAAUUCCCCACCUUGUCAUUGGAUAAAUUUUUGGCUAUUCUUGAUUUUGUUGUUACCCCACUUUUGAAUCCUGCCAUAUACACAUUUAGGAACAAAGACAUGAAGGUGGCAAUGAAAAGAUUGAGCAGGAAAAUUGUGAGCUCUAAGGAGACAUCAUGA